CUCGGCCUCUGGGUCAUGGACGAGGCAGACCUCGAGACCCACGGCUUCUACGACGCCAUCGCCCGGCACUUGGACAUUCCCGAAGAAUGGGACUAUGACGAACGCAAGAGGCGGACCUUCCCGCCCGCCGCCGAAUCCACCUCUGAUAACCCCGAGUGGCGGGGAGCCUACGUCGAUCGCAUGGUGCGGCUCGUCCAGCGGGAUAAGAACCAUGCCAGCAUCAUUAUCUGGUCCCUGGGCAACGAGGCCUUUUACGGCCGCAACCAUAAAGCGAUGUAUGAGUACGGCAAGUCGGUCGAUCCCGGUCGCCCUAUUCACUACGAGGCCGACGCCGACGCCGAGGCCGUGGCUUGGACGACUACAUUGACGCCUUUAAAGCCCAUCGCCGUCUGCAGGGAGGAUAUAUCUGGGAGUGGGCCAACCACGGGCUCUACAAGGAAGAUCCCGACGGCAAAGCCUACGACGCAUACGGGGGUGGGGGGAUUUUGGCGACCAUCCGCACGACGGUACCUUCGUCAUGGACGGCCUGCUGCGCUGCACAGCACUCAUGAGCCUACCCCGGGCCUCGUCGAGCUCAAGAAAGCGUACCAACCUCUGUAGCUCUCUGUCGAGGGCGGCAAGCUUAUCAUCAAGAAAUAUGCUUCGCACACAAAUGUCCUUGGAGACGUCUUGUGUUGUUACCAGUUUUUCCAACCUUUACUGCGAUCAACACACCUUUCCCACCGCAUACGCCUUCUCGACCUCGCUC